AUGUCUGAGGUACGUGCCCCGUCACCUGUCGACACGGUCCUCAAUGCGAUUGGCAAUACGCCGUGCGUGCGCCUCCGACGUGUGGUUCCAGAAGGUUGCGCCGACGUGUACGUCAAACUCGAAUCUCUCAAUCCCACAGGAUCAUAUAAAGACCGUCUGGCGAAAGCAAUCGUCGAAGAAGCAGAACGCAGGGGAGAUAUACAACCAGGUUCGACCAUCGUUGAGGCUACCGGCGGCAGCACUGGGUCAUCCCUUGCCUUCGUAUGCAGCCUCAAGGGUUACAAGUUCAUUGCAGUCUGCUCUGACGCAUUCGCGAAAGAGAAGUUGCGGACCAUGGCUGCAUUCGGCGCCGAGGUCGAGAACGUCCAUAGCCCCACUGGCAAGAUCACGCCGGGUCUUUUUGCUUCCGUCGUGAAACGAGCCAAGACUAUCCUAGAGGAGAACAAGGAAUAUUAUGCUGCAGACCAAUUCAACAACAAGGACUGCAUUCUGGGCUACAAGAAGCUUGGCGAAGAACUCGUUGUUCAAUUCCCUCAGGGAAUUGACGCGUUUUGUGGUGCCGUCGGAGGAGCUGGUAUGGUCAUGGGCACUUCAAAGGUUCUUAAGGCUGCUCGCCCCGAUACUCGAGUAGUCGUUCUUGAGCCGGAGUCAGCACCGCUUCUCACCCAAGGGAAAGGAGGCACUCACGGCAUUGAAGGAAUCGGACCCGGAUUUGUGCCGCCUUUGCUCGACAGCGCACUGUACGACGAGAUUCGUGCAUAUCCCGAAGAGGAGGCGCGGGAGAUGUGUCGGAGAUUGGCGAAAGAAGAGGGCAUUUUGGCGGGCACUUCGACGGGACUCAAUGUUGUCGCUGCUCUCGCCCUCGCAAAGGAACUGGGUCCUGGAAAGGUGGUUGUUACAGUUGUGUGCGACACUGGCCUCAAAUACACGAGCGGAAAUUUGUACGAGUAG